GUGACAUGAGCAUGAAAGAACGAGAGAACAAAUUCGUGGCACAACUGGAGAAAAAAGUAGCUGAGUUAGAGGCCAGAAACAAAGAAUUGAAGCAGUUAACUGAGUUCCAGCAAGCAGAAAACGAUGGAAACAGCGAGGCUAUUACGUAUCUCGAGUCGAGUGUGAAAGUUCUAAGAGAGCGAUUAGCCGAAAAUGAGAAGAAUGAAAAAGUAAAACAGGUAAAAGAACUUGAAACGCGAAAACAGUCGGUCAGCAAAGCUGAAAUGCCCAUGUUUGAAUUGUUAGAAACAAAUUUGAAAGAAGCAGAAGAACUAAAACGACAAGUUAGAUCUGAAAACCUGGCGCUCAAAAUUGAAAAUGCGGAGCAAUCUGCAGUAGUUGGCGCUUUGGAGCAAAAAUUGGCAACCAAGGUUGAUGAAUUGCGAAACUUGAAGCAAGAGGAAGUUACUUUAAAAAGGGAAAUUGCUAGGCUUAAGUUGAACAGAGGCCAGAAUCUUGAACCGACUUCGAUGGAAAUGCAGAAAGAAAAGUAUGAAAACAAGGAUGAACUCGUUGAAAUCACUCAAAGUGACGUGAAAGUACUUCAAUGUCCAACUGAAACUGACGAUUUGGAAACUGAAUUGGAACAAAAUGAGCCGUUGUUCGCUGAAGAAGAGCCGCAAUUGAACGACUUUGUUGAAGUCAGGUCAACCGUGAACAAUAUGGAAGACUUAACUUACAGUGACUUGGAAAAACGACUCAAAGAAGCAAUUCAGAAAAUCGAGAUUCUUGAAAAGCGACUCGCCUUCGCUGACAAGAAAAUUGACGAGGGGGAAGUGGAGAUACUUAAAUUAGCCCAGGUUAAAAACACCCUUCAAAAACAACUGGAGAAAGAAUUUAGAAGUCGCAAGAAACAUGAUCUAGCGGCAGAAACAGCAGAGCUGAAAUCACGAGUAUUAGAAUUGGACGCUGAAAAUAAAAUCAUCACGGCUGAAAAUGCCACGCUCAGUUCGUCUUUGGAUGAAAAGAAAUGUGAGAUAGAAGCACUGGAAAACAUGAAAAACACAAUGAGGAAAGAAAUAGCAAAUUUGACGGAAAACUCCUCUGAAAUUGUUAAUUCAGGGAAUAUAAAACAAAAGACGUUCCUGUAG